UCUAAACGUUCGGUACGUAUUUGCUCUGCUUCUAUUUUGUAUUGUUUAAUGGACUUGAACUUGAAUACUGUUCAUCAUCUCCAUAUAUUUCAUGUAAAAGAUGGGGGAUGAAGAUUACCUGUUUGUCGUUGCCAUUGACUUUGGAACAACAUACUCGGGGUUUUCGUUUUCUUCAAGAGAAGAUUACCGUUCAAAUCCCCUGAGUCAACAUUCAAAACAAUGGUACGAUUCCUUCAGUUCAUUCAUCUCAUAUAAAACAUCCACCUGUGUAUUAUUUGACCCGCAAGGUGAAUUCCAUAGCUUUGGAUUUGACGCAGAAGAACAUUAUUACAAUCUUGCUGAAAAGGGUAUUCAUAGAGACUGGUACUAUUUCAGAAGAUUCAAAAUGUGGUUGUAUGAACAGAAUGACGACGAGAGACUGAGGGACCAAAAUGGGAAAGAAAUGGAUGCCAUAAAAGUUUUCUCGCAAUCAAUCCUUUAUCUAAAAAAUUCCUUUACUAAGCAAACUGAAAAUACUGGUCUAGACUGGAGACCAAAUGAUAUUAGAUGGGUUCUAACUGUUCCAGCAAUCUGGACUGAAACAAAGAAAUCAUUCAUGAGGAGAGCAGCUGAAAUGGCAGGUACCCUAACUCUUUUAAAAUUCAAUAAAUAUUAA